CCGACGCGCGUGAGCGUCGGUGCCCGCGCCGAUCAGUUCGCGCGGCACGCUCGACGAGUGAGGUACGUGUUCUCACUUUGCCUUGCUCUCCAGUCUGUCAGGUGCAUCGGUGGUUCACACGAGGAAGAGAGAGAGAGAGGGAGAGAGAAAGCAAGACAUACAGAGCAUUAGUUUUCAAACGCAAUUCUAGCCGAAGAGUUCAAGAGGAAGAGGAAAAACGGCGGCGAUCAUAGAGAAGCAUUUUUCGCGAGACAACCCGGACUCCGGGAGCUUUCGAACACAGAUGGUGAGAGGAUCGUUACCUGAUAUCGCAGUGACGAUGGCAUCGGGCAGAGAAAUCCACGGUGCUUUUAGCCUCAUUGUAGACGACGUGGACUCGCACUCGAUUCUCAGCGACAGCUCCGACCUGGACGGAUUAUCGCGCGAGAGCAGCUCGCAAAAUUCGGCAUCGCAGACGCCGCUGGACAGUCCGGGUGGACCGCGGGAGAGGAUCAAGCAGAUCCAGGUGGAGGCUGAGACCAGACGAGGCGAGUUCGCCCGGCUGCUAGAAGAACACGCGCAGGUGGUGCGCAAAUUGAAGAUGAUGGAGGCGGAAGAGCAGCUGUCGGCGACGACGACGACGACGGCGACCGGGAAAGCGACGGUGAUCGGCGGCGCGCACGCGUGAUUUUAUGAUCUGAUUAUCGCCGCCAUCGGUACGAGGGUGCCAUCGAGGGUUGGGACCAUCGCGUCGACCGCCGUACGACGACCAUCACCACCUCAUCGCGUUUCUCCCUCGAGCAUCGCGACGCACCACCACCCGGACAAACCGUCGGCGCUCAUUGCAACUCGCAGACGAAACGCGAAUGACGCGAACGUCGCUGGACGUCCGAAUUAUUAACUCUCGGAUGCGUCUACAAGAGGACGCAUUCGAGAGUUAAUUAUGCGGAAAGCGAGAUAUGGACUCGAGAGGACUUUUUUAUUAUUUUCUUUCUUUUGUUCACUAUGUGCUUUUGUUUCGCUGACUUCCGCUUCGAGCUAAUUCGUUCGCUGCACUCUGAUUUAGUGGAAAUGGAAACUCGAAUCGGCUUGGAAAUAAAUCUUAAACGAUAUAAGAGAGAAAUUCAAAAAGCUCUUUUAAACUCCAUGUUUUAUGAUUUAUCACGGUAAUUGAAUAAAGCGAUCAAUUUACGACAAUUCAGAUAAAUUAAAAAUCAAAUAAAGCUUAUUUCACAGAUUUUUAUAUAUUCUGUUUUCAGUGUCAUGUUUUACAAUAGAUUCCGUUAUUUGAAUAAAAUGACUAUUGUUUCUGCAUAUUCAUGAAAAAUCAAAUCAAUUGAAAAUGGAAUACUGCUUGUUUCGCGAGGCUUUCAUAUGUAGAUUAAACGCACGUGUAUUUUAUUAUUGAACUAUCUCAAUUAUUAAAUAAUAAUAUAAAUUCUCAUAAUUUUAUGCAAUGAUACGGUAUACUGUUAGAGAUGCGCCAAUUAAGCGCAUAACUCCAUUAAUUAGCAAUGUAAAACAUAUAUAAUACGCGUAAUACGUUCGAAGCGGAGAUUUUCUGUACUUCAUCCAAUUAUGCGAGAUCGAGUUUAAAGAGUCGCGAGUCGGCAAAAACAACAGAAAUCCACAAAAAAAAAGAAACACGGUUAAUCAGCUUCCCGCGACAGGAAACGUCCUGAUUUAACCCUUGUUUGCAACAAAGUCUGAAUAAAAACCACUAGACACGACAAUAAUGAGGAACACUAUUACGGGGAACGUGCGCGAAAGCCGCGGUUGCGUAUUGUUCACAACGCGGGGGAGACGACCCUCUUGCCCGUUCGAACUAGCUCAGCAGCAACGGCUGGCCUAAGCGUAGUACAAAUUUUGCAGUGAAGUCUUAAUAAAAAAA